UCCUGAAUGCCCGUCAGAGCUCAGCACGUCUUACUUGCACACUCUUGUAGAGGGAGAUUCUAUGGCAUGGCAGGAAGGGAACCUACAGGUGUGCUCAUCCUUUACAUUGCAUGGCUCCUUUGUGGUACCACACUCUGCUUGCCAGCAGCAAAAUUAUUAGACUAUGAUGUGGAUGGUGGACGGGACCUUGACAUUUUUGAUAUCAAUGAAGAGGCAGGGUUGAACCUUGCAGAAGGGGACAUAGUUCUUGAUGAGAAGCAACCCCGAAAUUCUAUAAUAGGGGAAGAGCACAGGUGGCCAAAGACGAUCCCAUACUACAUGGAAGAUGACUUGGAGAUCAAUGCAAAAGGUGUGAUUCUGAAGGCCUUUGAGCAGUACCGGCUCAAGACCUGCAUCGACUUUAAGCCGUGGAGCGGAGAAGCAAACUACAUUUCUGUCUUUAAAGGGGAUGGCUGUUUCUCCUCUGUUGGCAAUCGGCAUGUUGGGAAGCAGAGACUGUCUAUAGGAACAAACUGUGACCGCAUUGCCACCAUUGAACAUGAGUUCCUUCAUGCGCUGGGUUUCUGGCACGAGCAGUCCAGGGCAGACCGUGAUGAUUAUGUCGAAAUCAUGUGGGACCGCAUUACAGAGGGCAAAGGCCACAACUUUAACACCUAUGAUGACACCACCUCCAGCUCUUUGGGCGUCCCCUACGACUACAGCUCCAUGAUGCACUACAGUAAAACUGCUUUUCGGAAUGGCACCGAGCCCACCAUCGUCACCAAGAUCCCUGCUUUCAGUGACAUCAUUGGCCAGCGUAUGGAGUUCAGCGACAGUGACCUGCUCAAGCUGAACCGCCUCUAUAACUGCACUCAAGGUUCCACCUUUCUGGACUCAUGUGACUUUGAACGUGAAAACAUCUGUGGUAUGAUACAGGGACAAGGGGAUCAGGCAGAUUGGGACAGGGUUACAACAGCUACUGGAGGGCCUGACACUGAUUACUCCCACAUGGGCAAAUGCAAUGGCUCUGGGUAUUUUAUGCACUUCAGCACCAGCAGAGCCAAUACCGGGGACAAAGCUCUGCUGGAAAGUAGAUUGCUUUACCCCAAAAGAGGCUACCAAUGUCUGCAGUUCUUCUAUUACAACAGUGCUGGGUCCAGUGACACACUGAAGGUCUAUGUCAGAGAGUAUGACAAAGCUAACCCCAAUGGAAGUCUGCGCCUUAUAAAGACCAUAGAAGGGUUCCCUCAGGAGCUUUGGCAACUGCACCACGUCAGUCUAGAUGCUAAAAUGAAAUUCCGCGUAGUCUUUGAAGGGACCAAAGUGGAAGCUGGGCCCCCAUCAGGUGGACUGUCUUUGGAUGACAUCAACGUUUCAGAGACCGCCUGCCCAGAGUUUAUUUGGCGAGUUAAAAACUUCAGUCAUGUUAUGGAAAACACCCCAAUAAGCACACCUAUAUUUAGCCCCCUAUUCACCUCUAAAGAAGGUUAUACCUUCCAAAUGAAGCUUUACCCCAGCGGUGAAGAGGGCUACCAGGGGCAGUUGUCAGCCUAUGCUCAUCUGGUGGCCCGUGAAGGGGACACAGGACAGAUAUGGCCAUGUCCUUGGAAACAGAUAACCAUGAUGCUAAUGGACCAGCACCCACACAUUCAAAAGCGCAUGUCCAACCAGCGCAGCAUCACCACUGACCCCAACAUGAAGGCAGCAGGCUCUGAUGAAUUUUUCUGGGAUGAUCCUCGUAAGGUCGGCGAUGAGGUCACAGAUACAGACGGAUCAAAGUAUUUCCGAGGGCCAGGCUCUGGAACUGCAGCGUAUCUCACCCAUCUCAGAGCUAAAAGCAGGGAUUUUAUCAAGGGAGGAGAUGCCAUCUUCCUCCUCACCAUGGAGGAUGUGUCCCAUUUAACUGUGAGCCAGCCCCUGCCUUCUACAACUUCACAGCCCAUCAGCACCACACCUUCUGAAGUUUGCUACAAUGUGCAAUGCCAGAAUGGCGGUGUCUGUGUCGUGGAUGAAGGCAAACCUGCUUGCAGGUGUGACGUGGGUGACGACUGGUGGUACUACGGGGACAGAUGUCAGCACAGAGGGUCCAACAGUGACAAAACCACCCUUGCACUUGCCUCUUCUCUAUCUGUACUGGGAGUAAUGUUGGUGGUUACAGUAGUCAGUGUCAUCUGCGUGAAGAAAAAGUAUAAAAAACGCAUGAAUAAUAAUAAUAACGUCGUCAUCCUGAACUCACAUGCUAGUUAGAGACUUCAAGAGGCAGACCCUAAACUUCACAAUGACAACUUGGUGAACAGAAGAACAAAAAAAACUCGCAAAAACCAAAAAAAACCUUUGAGUAAAAUAGUUAAAAAUGUUUAAAAGUUUUUUUCCCUGCUAAAUACUGUAUAAACAAGGCUAUUGAUGAUAUAGAAAUAAGACUUGUAUUCUGUACUGGAUCAAAGUAUUACAUUAGACUGCCCCUUACUGGUUGUUCAGUGGAAAAACAGCAGAGCAAUGUAUCAUUAUUAGUGUAUCAAAAAAAUUAUUAAAAAAUCAUAAUAAUAUGGUUUUAUGCAUGAAUUCAUUUGUUAAAGAACAGUCCUAGACAACAUGAGGUAUAUUCACAAAUUUAAAAUUUAUUAUACCAAAGACAGGAACAUUUGUGUUGUUUCUUUUCCAUGUGGAUAUAUUUGUUUGUAUUACUGAACUUGACACAGUCAUGCCGGUGAUAACAGUUACUGUAGGAGGGAGGUGGGACUAAUAUUAACCAAGUGUCUGUGUAUGUGUGCAUGUCAUGUCUGCAUGGGUGUGUGUGUGUGCAUGCAAAGAUCUGUCUAUUAGUGUUCAGUAGAUGCAGUGAUGACUACAGGACAUCACAAUUGGAGUGGAGCAAACCAGAGCCACUUAGUGUAGUUAUACUGCAUGGAAUGUUGGGUUUUCUGACCUGCUACUGCACAUUUACAUUUGUGUUUGUGUAUCUCUGUGUGUGUAUGUGUGUGAGGGCUUACACUGUAAGAUAAAGGGGAAAGGGAGGGUGACACCUCCAUAACUGCAAAGAAACGCAUCCUCCCCGCCACUAAAAUCUUCACCGACAUACAGGUGCGCAGUUCCUUUAAAAGCCUCAGUA